AUGUCUGCCCUCUAUGGUUUGAAACAGGCUCUUCGUGCAUGGUUUCAUCGCUUUCCAGCUUUUCUCUUGAAUAUUGGGUUCAAAUCAUCACACUCUGAUCAUUCAAUGUUUAUUAAACAUUCAAGCGUUGGAAUUCUCAUCUUAUUGCUAUAUGUUGAUGAUAUCAUUAUCACUGGAAGUGAUACUGUUGGUCUCCAAAAUCUUUUUCCUACGCUUCAACAAGAAUUCUCCAUGACAUAUUUAAGAGAUUUGCACUAUUUUCUUGGUUUGGAAGCUACAGGCACAAAGGAUGGUUUGGUUUUAACUCAAAACAGAUAUACAUUGGAUCUUUCAAAAAGGAUUGAUCUUACUGACUGGAAACCAGUUUCUGCUCCUGUUUCGCCUCGUUCUAAACUAUCCUCCAAUGAUGUUGAUUUGUUUCCUGACAUAACAUUAUAUCGUAGUCUGGUUGGCGGAUUGCAAUACCUCAACAUGACACGCCCUGAUAUCACUUAUACAGUUAAUCAGGUUAGUCAGUUUAUGCAUCGACCAAUACAAUAUCACUUUCUGGAUGUGAAGCAUAUUCUACGGUAUCUUAAAGGAACACUUAGUCAUGGCAUCUCCUUUUGGCGCAAUAAUCCUAUGCAGCUCACAACUUUUUCUGAUGCUGAUUGGGGUGGUGAUCCCGAUACUUCUCGUUCUACUACAGGUCACUGCAUUUUCUUAGGUAAGAAUCUUAUUUCAUGGGGUUCUAAAAAGCAACCAACAGUUUAUACCAGAAGCACUGAAGCUGAAUAUCGCGCUUUAUCUUCUACAUCUGCUGAGCUUACAUGGUUUCGAUACUUACUGCAUGAUCUUGGUUCAUAUUUAAAGCAGCCACCGAUUCUAUAUUGUGAUAACAUCAGUGCAACUUAUUCAAGAUCGAAACAUAUUCAAAUACAUUAUCAUUUUGUCAGAGAACGAAUAUCAUCAGUCCAUCUCCAAUUAUGUUAUAUUGCUACUACACAUCAACUUGCUGAUCUAGUCACGAAAGGAUUAUCUAAUGCCAGAUUUCGUUUUCUCUAUGGCAAGCUUUCAUGUUGUCUACCACCGUGUACAUAUUGA